UAACUAUAGUCACAUUCCUUCGCUAAAACCCUCCUUUUCCUUCAGACCAAAAGCCAAUUAUGGGGGAAAAUGGAGAAACGCAGCCACUCUCAUCCAAGAAGCAAGUUCAUCUCUUUUAUUGCGUCGAAUGCGAAGAGCUUGCCCGCAAAGUAGCUGCUCACUCUGACAAUAUUACCCUUCAAUCCAUCAACUGGAGGAACUUUGCUGAUGGAUGGCCCAACCUAUAUAUAAAUAGUGCACAUGAUAUCCGAGGUCAGCAUGUUGCCUUUCUUGCCUCUUUCAGCUCCCCAGGUGUUGUAUUCGAACAGAUAUCUGUCAUAUAUGCACUCCCACGGCUGUUUGUUGCUUCCUUUACAUUGGUGUUGCCUUUCUUCCCAACUGGCUCCUUUGAGCGAAUGGAGGAAGAAGGAGAUGUGGCAACUGCAUUCACCAUGGCUAGGAUAUUAUCUAAUAUUCCCAUUUCAAGGGGUGGCCCUGCUAGUUUAGUAAUAUAUGAUAUACAUGCUUUGCAGGAAAGGUUUUAUUUUGGGGACCAUGUCUUGCCACUGUUUGAUACGGGGAUCCCUCUACUAAAGCAACGUCUUGUCAAGCUCCCUGAUGCCAACAAUAUUGUUAUUGCAUUUCCGGAUGAUGGAGCUUGGAAACGAUUCCACAAGCAGCUGGAUCAUUUUCCCAUGGUGGUGUGUACUAAGGUUCGUGAAGGUGAUAAGAGGAUAGUUCGAAUCAAGGAGGGGAAUCCUGCUGGUUUCCAUGUGGUCAUUGUAGAUGAUUUGGUGCAAUCUGGAGGAACCCUUAUUGAGUGCCAGAAAGUAUUGGCGGCUAACGGGGCAGCAAAGGUCAGUGCCUAUGUCACACAUGGUGUGUUUCCGAAGGACUCCUGGGAGCGUUUUACCCUCAAGAAUAAUGAUAACCUAGAGAAGGCAUUUUCAUACUUCUGGAUCACAGAUUCCUGCCCAAAUACUGUCAAAGCCAUAGCCAACAGGGCUCCUUUCGAAGUUCUGAGUCUUGCUGGGUCAAUUGCUAAUGCUCUACAAAUUUGAAAGCUAUCCAUGCUGUUGAUAUUCGUGGGAUCAGGUGGUGUGGUGAUAGCAUAUUUUUUGGGGGUGAUUGUUAUUUUAUAAGUCAUUUUCAUGCUUCAAUCAGAAGACAUGAAUUAAAUAACUACCUGCUGCUUCUGCUUGACGGUUACCUAAUUAAUACUAAAAAGGAACUCUUUGCAA